AACGCAUCGGUUCGUGGCCAACACGAUCGUCCGAACGCUUGUCCGGACGCCACCAUGGCGCUGGUGCCUGCGGACAACUCGUUUCUCUCCUUGCUGAACGUCGAGAGAAAGCAAGCACUCGAUAGACAGAAGAAGCGAGAGGACUUGCUGGAAGAUACAGAGCAUGGGCCAAAGAUCCUGGGCCUUCAUCAAGAUCUCCAGGCUUUAUCUGAUGUGCUUGACGAACGAGUCGAAAGCAAGCUCAGUGCCAACGAGAAGGCCUUCUUCGUGGCCUAUAAGAGCUUCAUGUUCACAGUGCAGAAAGAGUUUAAAGAGCUCAAGCAGAAGGCUGACGAGGAGGAGACCAAGACGAGAAGAGAUGCAAAGAUCCAGUCACUGGAGAAGGAGCUGGACUGGUUCAUGAACGAGGCCUUGCGUUUAGAUGAGCUCGUCAAAAAGUACAAGAAGGAGCUGGACAAGUGGAAGGGCAAGGCAGAGGCCCUUGAGGAUGACCGACAAUUCCUGGAAGGUCAAAUCAAGCAGGCCAAGAGGACCAACAAGUCCUUGCGCACUGCCGUGGAGCAGGCUCAAAGCUCUGCCUAUGCAGCGCUGGUGAAUGCGGAAGAGAACCAGCCGGUUUCGGCCCCCGAAGUGACACAGGCAGACGAGGAAGUGCUAGGUCCAGCCUAUACCGGCCUCUCCCAGGAGUUGGAAGUGAAGUAUCAGACCACAGUGAAGCGAUUGAAGCAUCAGCUGCAACAAGAGCAGAAACAGGCGACCAAAUUGCGUGCCAUCGCAGAUCGCCAGUUUACUGAACCUUCGGAGUUGGAGGCCUUCUUCGUUGACUGUGUGGAGCAGGUGAAGGGGGACAUUUCUCAGCGUCGGAAGCUGGCGCUGGAGCAGCGUCAGGCCUUGAGGGGCCCAGAGGCCAAGGGACCUCGGGGCUACCCAGAGACGCUGCCGCCGCAGGUGGCCAAGCUCGCGCUGGAGCCCACGCUGGACGACUUCACGGUCACCGACCGUAGGAAGGUGGUGGAGCUCUUGCUGAGCAGCGAACAAGUGCUCCAGUUCUUGUACGACAAGCUUUUCCCUGAUUGAGCAGGAUGUGACUUCAUAGAAUGAAGGGCCCCCACAGCCGUCGAUGCUUUGACCAAAAGAAUGGCGAGAUUGAUGGGAAAGACCACGCAAGCUAUCACUUGCU